AUGUCUACAAGCACAAUUGCCCCAGUCCUACCUGAAGGUGCUGGAUAUGGAGUCGUCGUUGGUAUUGGGUUUUUCUUUGCCAUUGUUAUGGCGGGAAUAUCCUAUAUACAGAAUCGAUAUACCAAAUACUCCACAAGAGGUAGCGAGGAAUUCAACACUGCAAGUAGAAGUGUGAAGUCAGGCUUGAUAGCGGCAGGUAUUGUCUCGGCUUGGACUUGGGCUGCAACGCUCUUACAAAGUUCAACUGUGGCCUACGAGUACGGUAUUUCUGGACCAUUUUGGUAUGCUGCCGGCGCUACGGUACAAAUAUUCAUGUUCGCUAUUCUCGCUUGCAAGGUGAAGCAGAAUGCUCCGCGAUGCCAUACUUUCCUCGAGAUCAUUCAUCGCAGAUAUGGGACUGCAACUCACUUGGUGUUCAUCUUCUUUGCUUUGCUCACCAACAUCCUUGUCGCUAGCCAACUGCUUUUGGGAGGAAGUGCUGUUGUCACUGCCCUCACCGGGAUGAAUGUCUAUGCUGCCAUUUUCCUAAUUCCACUCGGAGUCUCAGUCUACGUAGUUCUCGGCGGCCUUCGAGCUACAUUCCUCUGCGACUACACCCACACCUUCAUCGUCAUGAUCAUCAUCCUCUAUUUCAUGUUCUCAGUCUACACGUCCAGCGACCUAAUCGGCUCACCAACGAAGAUGUUUGAGCUGCUCGCCGAAGCAUCGAUCAAGAGACCUGUUGCUGGGAAUCAAGAUGGCUCUUAUCUCACUCUGAAAUCCAAUUAUGGGCUUAUUUUUGGGGUUAUUCAGCUUUGCUCCGGGAUGGGGACGGUGUUUCUUGAUCAGGGGUAUUGGCAGCGGGCUAUUGCUAGUAGACCGACGACGGCGGUGAAGGCGUAUAUUUUGGGUGGGAUGGCCUGGUUUGCCAUUCCUUUUGGUUUUGCAACAACACUGGGCCUCGCCGCCGUCGCUCUAACGGACAAUCCCGCCUAUCCUACAUAUCCAAACAACAUGACCAGCUCCCAAAUUUCAUCCGGCCUAUCUGCACCUUUCGCAGCCGUCGCCCUUCUCGGCAAACCAGGUGCAAUCGCUCUCCUGUUAACCCUCUUCAUGGCUGUCACAUCCUCAUCCUCAUCUGAACUCAUUGCCGUUUCAUCUAUCUUGACUUUCGACGUCUACAAAAUGUACAUCAAGCCGUUCGCUACCCCCGACCAACUGAUUAAGAUUGCUCACAUUAUGAUCUGUGUCUUUGGGCUCAUUAUGGCUGCUUUUGCUUGCAUCUGGGAAGCUAUUGGUAUUGAUCUCGGCUGGCUCUUCCUAGUGAUGGGUCUCCUGAUCGGAGGGGCUGUCUUCCCAGCGGCUUUUGCAGUGACCUGGAAAAAGCAAUCGAAGUACGGCGCCGUAUUCGGAGCCAUAGGCGGUCUUUGCGCUGGUCUCAUCGCCUGGCUCGUUGAAGCAAAAGUCUAUUACGGUGAACUAUCAGUCGCUUCAACAGGCGGCAAUUACCCCACACUGGCAGGAAACAUGGCUAGUGUCUUGACCGGAUUAAUCCUCACUGUUGUGGUAUCAUAUAUCAAGCCAGAUGAUUUCGACUGGGAGAUCACAAGAGGCAUCAAUCUCGCAACCGAAGCCACGGACAACGAAAGCAUGGAGCAAACGCCUAUGGAAUCAUCAGACUCAGAGAAAAAGACCGCAGAUCCAACCGCAAACCCCAACCCCACCAUCGCACACCGAACUCAACGCCCUGUGCUCCCAACGAUCCAACUCGAAAACGCCGAAGCCCUCGAAGACCAAGCCGUCAUGGAAGACCCCACCCGCCUCAAGGGCGCCUUCCGCUUCGCUUGCAUAUCUGCUACCAUCUUAACGCUGCUGAUGGAUUUCAUCAUUCCGAUGCCGAUGUUUUUCACGCAUUAUAUCUUUUCGAAGGGAUUCUUUGUGGGGUGGGUGGUGAUUAGUUUUCUGUGGGUCUUCUUUGCGCUUUUUACUUGUGCGAUUUUGCCGGUUUGGGAGGCGACGGGGUUCUUUAGGGAUUUGGUGGGGGAAGUUUGGGUGGGGAAGAAGGGGGAGGUGGAGGGUGAGGAGUAA